AUGUUUGCAAGAACACUGAAAGGAAUACGGGCCGCGCUAUGGCCGUUGGCGCUGCAUUUCUGGUACAAGUACGUGCUUGUGGCCGUGGGAUCGGUGCUUGUUCUUUUACUACUGUACGGCAUUAACGAAGUGAUCAAGAAAACCACAAUCAAUUUCCCCGCCUCUGUUUGUUUGAUGCUGCUAAUGUUUGGCGGGCUGAGUUUGAGCUCGUGGCUGUUUGGCGAGGACAAAACCAACAUCGUGCUGCGGUACAUCGAUAUCCCGUUUGGGUUUGCGCUUCGCUGGAUGAACAUCUAUUUUACCCCACCGUUUGUGACGCUUGUUCUGUCGGACAAGGUGAGCGUGGCGGAAGCAUUCACGAUCGCUGCUGUGUUUGUGGUUGGUUAUCUUAUUGGGUUCGGAAUCAUCGCGUACUUCACGUGGGGGUUACAGAUCUUGCUUGGCACUUACAAGACAGACAUGGCGCAGGACGAAGAAACCCAAAGCCAAGAGUCUGACCAAGACUCAAACCAGAUAGACAAGAUCAAGGAACAGAUAGAAGAUAAGGAAGGACUAAAUAAUGAAGAUGAUCCGCAUCGGGUCCCACAUGGGGUCCAGACCGAAGAAAUCGAAUGGGAGGACAAGGUGAAAAGUUUCCUAUUACAAUGGGUGGAUUUCAUGGUGUACGGAAUUUUAUUUUGGGUCGGCGUGGUUGUCUAUUACACGACCGGAUAUGAAAUGCCAGUUCAGCUGUCAACAGCGGUUUUACUGUUCCGCGUCUGUAUGCUUCAACCGCUCAGAUGGCGGCGGUUCCUGCACCCAAUCCUAAUAAGCUUUUCUGUAAGCUUACUUGUUUUUUACAUUUUGAGUGUGAUUAAGGGUCAGAAUUUUUUCAGCUGCAUACGUCACUACAAGACAGGAAGAACGUACCUUCACCUUUUUGACGCUAACCAGUACACUGCUUGGCCCGGAGCUGGAGAUUUCUUCAUUUCGUUGAUGGAUAUCUCGAUUGUUUCUUUAUCGCUGGCGAUGUACAAUUAUCGCAAAGAUCUGAAACGAUACUUUGUGUCGAUUGCGCCGCCGAUCGUGCUAUGUUCAUUUAUGUCAUUUUUCAUAUAUCCACCGGUUUGCUAUCAUUUAGGCAUUUCUGCGUCGCGAUCGUUGGGUUUCACUGGCCGAUCUGUCACAAUGGCUCUUGGAAUGCCGCUGGUGAUUGCGCUCGAUGGGUCUACCCAACUAAUGGCUGUCACCACUAUUAUCAGCGGGAUUCUAGGCGUGCUGUGCGGCGACUUUAUGCUUUUCAAGAUGUUCAGGGUGCGCAAACACGAUUUUGUCACCAGAGGGGUUACGUUUGGGGUCAACUGCGGCGCGGUGUCAACGGCAUAUUUGAUCGACAUCGAUCCGCGCGCGGGCGCCAUGAGUUCGUUGGCGUUCACUCUGUUUGGCACCCUGAUGAUUGUUUUUAGCGCUAUUGAUCCACUAGUGAGGGUCGUGCAGCGACUUGUUGGGUGGUGA